UGAUUAUUGAGAAAGAAGCAUACUAGACUAUGCAUAUAUGAUCUACACACUGAUAGAUUCUAAGACUUGCUGAGAAAAGACUAUAUUGAUCUAUACAGCAGGACAAAAUUGGUGAUCAUGCAAUACCUAGCUGUUUUCAACUAGACUUCAACUCCAUAAUAAUAACAAUACACUGCUGUACAAAAGUAUAGAUCCACUGAUAUAAGAAAUCACGAAUUAAUAUAGACCUUGAAGUUACAUCAAGGGGUCAGAUUGAGCCUUGCAUUGCAUGCCCAAAGCUAUCGACUGGAAAUUGGCGACAAUGUUUGUCAACGGUCACCUUCGGCAGCUCAUUUUCAUGGUGGUAGCACUUAUCAUAUACUCGAGUGGCAGCCAAGGUUGCAGUGAGUUGUACACAAUUGUGCCAUCAAACUUUACUGGCACUUGUCCUCAUGAACCAUGCAUAUCACUAAAUGUUCUUCUAUCUGAAUUGAACGGAACAUUUAAUCAAAGCAUCAGCUUGCAUUUCCUUCACGGUGAACACUUGUUGGAGGAGAUCAUUGGAAUACAAAGACUUCCUGGCAUUGAAAUGUCAGUUUCAAGCAACUGUUCACAGUGUAGUCCAAUAAUUCUCUGCAACGGACCAGCUUCUGGUAUCAUCUUUCAAAAUAUCCAUUCCGUUGAAAUAGUUGGACUUACGUUCUCAGGAUGCUCACACCAGGGAACACCUGCUUAUGGUGGUGCUUUAUCUUUCUAUAAUGUGACGAAUAUUUUAGUUGCUAAUAGUAAUUUUAUUGAUAACUACAUUAUUGGGCAAACGACUAGUGGGGGAGGAGCAAUUUUCAUACUACAAUCACUUAAAGUUAACCUUGAAAACUGUUCCUUUAUCAACAAUUCAGCCCAGUGUCAACCUGGUGGCCUUGCCGAUUACUGUAGCAGUUACACAUUCAAUGGAGGUGCUAUGUAUCUUUUGAAGUGCAUGAACGUGAGUAUAAGCGAUUGCCAAUUCCUUCAAAAUAGAGCAAUAGCUGGAGCAGCACUUUUGGUCACAUCUUCUCUAAUUCAAAUCAGUGGUACAGUUUUUGCUCACAAUGGUGCACAACCAACCUAUGGUGGCACGGCAGCAUUUUUCGAGAGCACUGUUCACAUUCAUCAAACCCUCUUCACGAACAAUAUUGCUUACACGGGUGGAGCCAUUUUUGCCACAAAAACACAACUAUCACUACUUGAAUGUCAAUUCAAGCAAAACAGUGCAUAUAAUUUAGGAGGAGCAAGUUUUAUUCAGCAUGGUUUUCUUAUAAUUUCACGCAGUCUCUUUGUAAGAAACAUUGCACUCACAGGCUCGAUUGUUUAUGCCUCAAACUGCAGUAUCACUUCUACAAAUAGCUCCUACCUCAACAACAAUGCUACUGCCAAUGGAGGCAUAUACGUAAAAGAAGGAUCAGCCAUAUUUAGCAGUGAUAGCUACUACACGGGAAACAGAGCAAAAAUUGGUGCAGCAUAUUUCAUCAGCAACAGUUUCACAUAUUCAUCAAAUAACACGUUCACAAACAACAGUGCUAUCUCAGAUAACGAGUUUGCAUUCGGUGGAAUAAUUUUUUGCAAUUGCAAUUCUGAAUUUUCUAAAACACCUUGCUUCCUGAACCUCAACGAUAACAAUGUUAUGAACAACUAUGUCAAUAGUGGAGGUGUCAUAUCUAGCGGAGACUGUGCUCUUACAGACAUACAAAAUUACUAUUACAAGAAUAAUGGUAGAGUAAUAUUCCAAAGUUCUGGUUCAUUGAUAGUGAAUGGAAGUCAUUUCGAAAGUAACAAAUCACCACUAGGUGUGAUAGCGCUAAAUAAGCCAACAAAAAGCACAAUUGUUACAAAAACAUUAUUUCAUGCCAACAGUGGAGUUUCCGGAAGUGCUAUCCACAUUCAAUCCUCCUUUCCCGUGUAUAUUUCCGAUACUACUUUCUUUAAUAAUCAAGUAAGUAAAUCUGGAACUGUUUUUAGUACUAGUGCUGGAUUGGUCAACACCCAGGGGAAUAAACUCCGGAUUAUAUCGAUUGUAAACUGUUACUUUGUACAAAAUAACGCUCAUAAUGAAGGUGGUGCUAUAUACAUCUAUGGACAUUUCAUCAGUAAUGAACAACAGCAGCUACAAUUGUCAAAUAGCUAUUUCUACAAUAAUAUAGGUGGUGCUGUGAAUGGAUUUGGAUUCACUUUAAUGGCUUUUAACUGUUCUUUCAAAAACAAUAUUGCCCCAUUUGGUUUGUUGGGUGGAGCGAUUCACAUUAAUGGAGAUGCCUCAGUAUUUUCUUCAGAGUUCGUGAUGAACGAUCGUGGAGCCAUCUUUAUUACAGGAGGGAAAAUGAUGAUUUCAGGGAGCACAUUUCGUGAGAAUGUAGGAGACAAAGGUGCUGCUGUAUCUAUUUUCAACAACGGUAGUCUAUAUGUGACGAAUUGCUUAUUUGUUGGCAAUAAAGCAGUUAAGUAUGGUGGAGCCAUAGCAGGCGUACGUGCUGAUUUAAUAUCAAUUGAAAGCAGUGUGUAUGAAAACAAUACAGCAUUAAGAGGAGGGGCUGUUGGCACUGUCAAUGGCAAGCUAGAAUGCCGAGAUACCUACUUUACAAACAAUACUAGCCUGGAGCUUGGAGGAGCAGUUUACGUUUAUGGUGGAUCAUUAUACUCACGACACACGCAAUAUGUGGGCAACUUUGCAACCCAUACAGGUGGUGCAAUCGCAGCUGUAUCAGGUGAAGUGUAUAGUGAUGGGGAUUGUUAUUUAAGUAACCAUGCCAAUCAGUAUGCUGGUGCUAUAUACAUAACCACUUGUUUUUGGCAGGAUGAUUUUAACGAAGGAGAAUUUGAAACUGUUGUCAUAACACCAAUUCUGUUACUUUCUGUGGCACAGUGUAACGUAAACACUCAACUGAUUAAUACCGAGGCUGGUGGAAGCAAGUUACAUCUGAUCGAAAAUAUAACACUUUUCAACAAUUCCUGUGAACUAACUGGAGGAGCUAUUCUCACUAUUAAAACUGACGUAUUCUUUGAGGGCAGAGAAGCUAUUACUGUGAGCUUAAACUCAGCUGGGUAUGGAGGGGGGCUGGCAUUAUUGUGGAGCAAUCUCAACAUUUCUUGCAAUGUACAGGUUACACAAAAUGCAGCUCACAUUUCAGGUGGUGGGAUCUUGACGUACAAUGGUGUUGUGGAAUUAUCAUUCAGCGAGCAAAGAUCGGGAAUAUUUGCUCUAAACACGGCAACUCUAACAGGAGGUGGUAUACACGCUAUUAACUCAGGUAUAAACUUGGUCUCGGGAUAUUUUGAGCUAACGAAGAAUAUUGCCACUUAUGGUGGUGCACUGUACAUGAGCAGUAACUCUAAAAUUUACUUAAUCAAGCAAAAGCAAAAAUCCAUCAGCCGAGAUGACCUGAAACUUGUACUCAGAGAAAACUCAGCACAGAAAGGGGGCGGGGUGUUUAUUAACGAUUCUGAUAUUGGACAGCAAUGCGUUUCACAACUUUCUUCAGAAGAAUGUUUCCUUCAAACUCUGCUGCUCAAUUCCACAUCAGCACCAUUGAGGGACAAAAACCUCUUGAACAUAUUUUUUGUCAACAACACUGCGAGUAUGAGUGGUGAUGCUAUAUUUGGUGGGCUACUAGACAGAUGCUCUUUGAGUCCUUCAAAUGAACUUCUUUUGGACUUUUCAGACUAUUUUUCCUCACACAACGGAGCUGACUAUGUGCAGAUCAUUGCAACGUUCAGUGAUCAGUUUAACUACAGUAACCUAACAUUUCCAUACAGCCCAUAUCGUGAACAAAUAGAGGUAAAUCACAACAAAAAUAUCAAUGAUCUUAUUUCUUCCAAACCACUUCAAAUUUGCUUCUGUCUUCAGCAGCAACACAACUGUAGCUAUUUCAAGCAUGCACCUAUAUACACGAAGAAAGGUCAAUUCUUUGAAGUCAGCAUUGUAGCAGUUGACCAGUUAGAGAAUCCAGUGAAUGCCACAGUUAUCAGCUCAGUUAUCAACAAUGCCAAACUAGCUAAUGUUGAUCAAACAAGACAAGCACUCUCUUCCAAAUGCUCGUCCAUAGAGUAUGCCAUUUACCCACAAGAUGAAUUCAAUUCUGCAAAAAUCGAGCUUUUUGCUGAUGGUCCCUGUAAUGAUAUCGGGAUAUCUAAACGGGUAUUAACUGUGAUUUUUCAACCGUGUACAUGUCCAAUUGGAUUCUAUCCUCAGGAAACUAGAACGCUGUGCUCCUGCGUGUGUGACCCACUGUUAGAGUCGUAUAUAACAGGCUGCUCACUGGUGAAAGAAACUGUUUUUCGAAAGCCUUACGUGUGGAUAGACUUUGUAAACAGAAGCAAUGUAUCUGGAUAUUUACUGCAUGACAGUUGUCCAUUUGACUAUUGUGUGGAUGAGCUUGUCAGUGUAAACCUAAAUACAGUUCAUGGUGCAGAUUCUCAAUGUGCGUUCAAUCGCACUGGAACACUGUGUGGUGCCUGCAAAGAGAACCUAAGUGCUGUGCUAGGCAGCUCACAAUGCAGAGAGUGUACCAACAAUUUUAUUUCUCUGCUCAUACCAUUUGCCAUGGCAGGAAUCGCCUUGGUUGCGUUUAUAGUGGUGCUUAAUAUGACCAUAGCUAUUGGUACAAUCAAUGGACUUGUUUUUUAUGCAAACAUCGUUUUUGCAAAUCGACCUCUCUUAUUGCCACCAAAAACAUCAAAAUUCCUAACAAUUUUUAUUUCAUGGCUUAAUCUUGACCUCGGAAUCGAGACUUGUUUUUAUGAUGGAAUGGACUCGUAUGCUAAAACUCUUCUCCAGGUAGUGUUUCCUUCAUACGUCAUCCUAUUAACUGCAGCUAUCAUUGCACUUGCAAAUUGUUCGGUGAGAUUCUCCAAUUUCAUUGGCAGGAAAAGGGAUCUGGCUGGCACACUGUGCACGCUUAUCCUGCUCUCGUAUUCCAAGUUCAUACGCACAAUCAUUACCAACUUACAGUAUACGUACAUCACCUAUCCAGAUGACACCUGGGAUAUCGUGUGGUUACAUGAUGCGAACAUCCCUUAUUUCAAACCUAGCCAUUUUCCAAGAUUAAUAGCAGCGUUUGUAAUUAUCAUAGUUGUGUUAAUAUACACUUCUCUCAUCUUGUUCGGUCAAUGGCUGCCUAAGUUUGAUGAAAAGCAGGCACUAAAGCGGAUGAAACAAUUUGUCAACAAACAUUUUGAAUCAUUUGCACCCCAACACAGUUAUUGGGUUGGAUUACUGCUACUUGUUCGUGCCUUGCUACACAUUGUUGCCACUUGUUUCUCAGACCAAAUAUCGUUACUAUUUGUGUUCUGCAUUGUGCUUAUUCUGAUACUACUCAAGCUACUGACGACUCAUAUUUAUCAAUCGAAAAAGUUAGAGAUGCUUGAAUCCUCAUUUCUCGUCAACCUUGGAGUGCUUUCGGUAGUUCAGUAUCAUGUGCUUACAAACGCAAGAAUGGCAGCAGCUGUAGCAGAUCUAUCUGUAGCUGUGGCUGCUAUCACGUUUAUACUCAUCUUAGGGUACCACAUCUAUACCUUUAUAUUGAAAGAAACAACAUGGUUGGUAAAAACGACUCGCUCUAUUAAAAAUCUUGUGCAUUUACGUGAAAGACAGCAGAAUGUAGUGGUCCAGUUUCAAGAUCAUCUGCAGCCGCUACAAGAUGGACAAGAUGAAGAACUUCACGAACCACUCGUUGAAAGAGAAGUACCUGAUGUUGCUACAAAUGUCUAUGAUCCUCCUGUAAUACAGCCAGCUGUUCGAUACAGUCAACCACGUCAUGCAGACCUUGAGGAAAUAUUGGAACCUAUCACCGACGAUGACUACAGGAGACUCAACCAACCGAAUCGACGAUAUCCUCAACCCACAACAUAUGCAUUGGUCGAAAUUCACAAGUAACAUGAAUGAAUACAAUAACACAAAGAAUGAAACUGACACCAAAACUUGGUCUAAAUAAAUGUUCACAUUCACAGCUUAGUUUAUACAGUUUAGAACCAGAAACACUUUGUUAAUAAUUAUUACUGUCCAAUUAUUGACUUUCACAAACACAGCUUGGUUUACUUAACACCUUAAACUAUAACCUAGAUUAUUCAAGUUAUUUUCUAUGCAAUUUCAAGUCAUUAAAAACAGCAACAUUUUGUUAUCAUUA